CAUUCGCUCUCCCACAUCUCAUGUGGAGAGCAGCCACGGAGCCUGGAAGAGUGGAGACUGGGCUUAGGCUUAAACUCCUUGUGCUUAGAAGUUUAUAAAAUGGGAACUUUUAAAAAAGUCCUGCUAGCAAGUAUAUGUGUAGCUUUUGUCGCUGUCAAGUGGUUUACACCGAGUUUUGAUGCAGAGUCCCUCAAGGGGGCCAGAGUGUUGGUGACGGGGGCCAGUACGGGCAUUGGAGAACAGAUGGCAUAUCACUAUGCUCGCUUUGGUGCUCAGAUAGUAAUUACAGCAAGGAGGGAGAAAGUGUUACAGCAGGUGGCAGAGGAGUGUCAGAGGUUAGGGGCCCAGAAAGCCUUGUACAUAGCUGCAGACAUGGCCAGUGUGUCUGACCCUGAAAAAGUGGUUGAAUUUGCUGUGGAGAGGCUUGGAGGGUUAGAUUACCUCAUUCUUAACCACAUCGGCCCAAGCCCAUUCAGCAUGUGGGAGGGAGACGUGGAGCAUACUCGGUGGCUCAUGCAGGUCAAUUUCUUCAGCUAUGUUCAGAUGGCGUGGAAAGCUUUGCCCUCCCUAGAGCAGAGUAAAGGAUCACUGGUUAUUGUUUCAUCACUUCUAGGUAAAAUGGCCAGUCCCUUUGUUGCACCGUAUACCUCAACAAAAUUUGCCUUGAAUGGUUUCUUUGGGGCCCUUUAUCAUGAGCUGGCUAUGAAGAAGAGCAACGUAUCCAUCUCUGUAUGCACACUGGGGCUCAUUGAUACUGAAGCAGCAAUGAACAAAGUCAGGGGUAUCACGAGUGUACCAGCCUACCCUGCCACAGAUGCAGCCUUGAACAUCAUUAUCACAGGAGCUACAAGACAAACAGAUCUGUAUUACCCUUGGUUUACCCAAGUUGUGACUCUCAGCAAAGACUGGUUCCCAUCCCUCACAAGCUAUAUAAUCCAGAACUCCUACAACUACAACCCAUGAGGAAUAGUCGUCUCUAUGCCCUUGCACAUGUCCUUCAUUUGUUACACAAUUUCUGACAUUUUUAGAGAACUGAUUUGUAUUGAGAGCAUAAUGAGCGGGAUGAACAGUGUGUGAUCAGUAUUUAAUAUUCUAGCACAGUCAGACAAAUCUGGGACUCUCAUUUUAAGAACGGUUUUAAAACUAACAGCCAAAUGGUAAAAGUUUUAUUUAUAACAAAGUGACUCUUGUCCUCAUUUCCUCAUCGUAUUUUGGUAAGAGUUUCAGACAAAAGUCCACAGGGGAGAAAAACUGAGUUUAUGUCAUUUCACAUUGCAGUUAGCUAAGACACUGGCAGCCAAUUGGGAACAUCUUUGACUCUAUCUUUUUUAUCUUUUAUACAAAAAGGGCAGCUUGGAUUAAAAUUAAGAAGAUAUUUUCAGGAUCUACAUCUGUUAGAACUAAUUAGCAUCACCAAAUAAAAAUGUCAGCCUUGAGAGUUAAAAGAA